AUAUAAAUGUGACAGAUAUGAGAAAAAAAACCCCAAAUACUUUAUACCAGUGCGUUUUCUAAAAUUGAACCUUUACUUGUUCAUCUUAAACUCUUGCAUGGGAUUAUCAGGGUGCUUUCAUAUACUCUCUGUGGGAAAAGUACAUUAAAAAGCAAAUACAAACUCAAUUUAAAUCAACUUAUGGUUGGUUCACGUUGGUCAAUGGAGUGUCUCCAGUCAAUAAAGAUGAAUAAAUGAAAUGCUUCUGUUACAAUAUUUAGUUUUGCAGUACAUUUUUGUGGAUAUGAAUGUAGAAAUGCCCGAAACAGAAGUAGCAGCCACUUUCCUCUCAGUAAAGCACCGAGUUUACUCGUAAUAAACCCAGUAUAAUCCCUUAACGUCGCUUUGUUUCCCGCGCUAAACAUCCUCAAAAGAGACAAAAAAAGAUGCCAUGGGAGGCAUCCAAUCAGAUUCUGCCAUGUUGGGACAGCGCAACCAAUGAGAGCGCUCAGCACGGAGGAAAACUUGGCUGUGCCUGGAGAACAAUGAGGCGGGCAUCACCGAGACGAGAAAAACCCCAAAGUUUCUUUGGAGGGCUCCUCCGUGACCAUCAUUAAACUGCCCGAGGGAGUGAGUAAAGAGCGGGUACCUCUGCGUGUAACACCGGGGUGGUGCAACCGGGUGGCGGUGCUCGUCUUGGCUCGACAAGCUUCGCUGAAUUUCCCUAAAAACAAAAACAAAUCCCUCCCGUGGUGACCUGCACGCGGCAGUGGUUGGGGCAAAUUAACCCCCCCUCCGCCCCGUCGUUGCUUCCUCUCCCGGCACUCCUCCUCUCUCCCUCCUCCUCCCCCGGCUCCUGAUGUCAAACCAUUUUGCAUACCGACUUCCGCCCCGCUCGGCUUCCCUUCCUACUGGUCUGCAUCAGCCGGCGAGCAGCUGAUAUGACUGGAGGGGGAUACAGUAUCGCGCCGAGCCAUGAGAAGCUGACUUAAAAACUUCAUUUGGAAAGUAGGCGGAUGUCGUGUGCGACAGAUACCGGUCGGAGAAGGACUAAGGGACAGGAAACGGAGCAAGAAGAGGCGCAUAUAUAUUUAUAUUUACAUCUAAUAUUUUUACUUGAUGCAGUGGGAUUUGCUGCUUUCGUGUGAAGAGGCGGACCUACGAGACACUGCGAGUUCAAUAUGCUGAGGCUGUCCCCGGUGUUUGUAUACUAUACGUGGAAGUACAGAGACUAUUUUCUUCCAACUCACUGCUCCACGUAAGGAUUUAACAGAGCACUUGGCAUUAACUGUAGCUCCCGGAUAUCCUCGGCUGCUACCAUUUUUUGAGUCUGGUUUUGUUUUGGAUAGGGAAUUCCUACACAUAGGCUGCAUGUGCUUCCCUCUAAUACACAACCUGGUCGUGUUUAGUAGCUAACACAUAUACAUACAUAAAUAUAUAUUUUUGAAUGCAUAGAUUUGGAUAUGGGGUUGUCAUUUGUCCUGCCUCCCAGCAGACACCCCUCUGAAACAGCCAGUAAAGCCAUUAGAGGCUAUUAAAGUGAUUUCUUUUUUUUCUUUUUUAAAAGAAGGGCUUCUUUCAGGGUAGUUUGGCGAACAAUGAACUAUUAUUUCGUGGGCUUUUUCCACGCUCCUGUGAGGUUUUGUGCCGGCAGUCAGUGACUGGCUCCUGUUUUUAGCUGUCAGUCCACUGCAGGAUUAUUAUUAUUGUUGUUAUCUUUUGAAGUUCAGGUGCCUUUUUUGUCGUGACACCACAUAUUUUCCGCUCUAAAAAAAGACUAGAUUUUUAUUUUUACUGGGGGGUUUUUAAUCGUUGGCUGUGUUCACCAGUCUGUCCUUUUUUUUCUGGGGUAUUCCCCCCACCACCACCUGUGAUUUAAAUCUCCAUCUACACUGUCAGUCCCACGGAUUACUAGAUUUUCACCUCAUUUCCACAAUGAGUUACAUCCACAGGGUAGUGAAUGUAUUGCUACGUGGACUCGUCAUCUAUGCGGUACUCGGCUUGGAGUGCUCUUACUCGAAUGAUCUACCCAGCCGCUCGUCUGAUGCUCAAAACGUAGCCACCACAGACCCCUGCCUCAUAGUGAUGCCGCCGUGCAUGGGCGAGGCCGACCGCUUCAGUUUGGAGGCGUUGCGACACAUCCACAAACAGCUGGACGAUGACAACGACGGGGGGAUAGAGGUCAACGAGAGCGUGGAGUUCAUAAUAGAAGAUAUGAAGCAGCAGCAAACCAACAAACACAGCAACCUGCACCGUGAAGACCAGCACAUCACUGUGGAGGAGCUGUGGAGGGGCUGGAAAACCUCUGAAGUCCACAACUGGACCACGGAGGACACGGUGUGGUGGCUGAAGGAGUCGGUGGAGCUACCGCAGUAUGAGAAGAACUUCCGGGACUUCCGGAUCACGGGGAACACUUUACCUCGAAUAGCGGCAAAUGAACCGUCGUUUAUGUCGAUGCAGCUGAAGAUAUUAGACCAGCGGCAUAAACAAAAACUAAACCUAAAGGCGCUCGAUGCAGUGCUGUUCGGCCCCCCGCUACGUCCGCAACAUAAUUGGAUGAAAGACUUCGUCCUGAUGGUGUCCAUUGUGAUCGGUGUCGGGGGCUGCUGGUUUGCUUACGUGCAGAACAAGUCCAGCAAGGUGCACAUCUCACAGAUGAUGAAGGAUCUGGAGAGCUUGCAACAUGCUGAGCAAAGCUUGUUAGACCUGCAGAGUCGGCUCGAAAAGGCUCAAGAAGAGAACCGGACAGUUGCUGUGGAGAAGCAGAACCUCGAGCUGAAAAUGAGGGAUGAGAUUGACGGGGCUAAGAAGGAGGCUCACAGGCUCCGAGAGCUGCGAGAGGGCGCCGAAUGUGAGCUGAGCCGGCUCAAAUAUGCCGAGGAGGAGCUCGUACAGGUACGGAAAGCUCUGAAGCGAGCGGAGAAGGAGAUGCAGUCGGAGCGCUCGGUGCCCGAAGCUCUUCAGAAGUGGCUCCAGCUCACGCACGAAGUGGAAGUUCAAUACUACAACAUCAAGAAGCAGAGCGCCGAAAAUCAGCUGUGCGUCGCCAAAGACGAGGCAGAGAAAAUAAAAAAGAAGAGAGGUUCUGUGUUUGGGACUCUUCACGUAGCCCACAGCUCGUCACUGGAUGAGGUGGACCACAAGAUACUAGAAGCAAAGAAAGCCCUGUCGGAGGUAACGGCGUGCCUGAGGGAGCGGCUCCACCGCUGGCAGCAGAUCGAGAAGCUCUGCGGCUUCCCUGUGGUCAAUAAUUCGGGUCUGCCGAGCCUGACCGCCAGCCUUUACUCAGACCACAGCUGGGUGGUGAUGCCGCGAGUCUCGGUUCCCCCCUACCCCAUCGCGGGAGGAGUGGACGACCUGGACGAGGACACGCCUCCCAUCAUUCCACAGUUCACAGGGACUACGUUGAUUCGGCCCGCACUGACACGCAACAGCAGCAUGUGCCGUUCCCGCCGGAGCCUGCUGAGCUCCCCGCAGUCCUCGCUGAUGUCUGCAGACCCAGACCUGCUGUCCAUGGCGAGCUCGUCCCUCUCUUAUCGCCCCGAGGCGGACGACGACAUAAUCAUGUUCAACUCUGAGCGAAGGGGGGAGGCGUCUCAGGAGGGCAGCUCCGACACAGACUCUCUGAGCUCAGUGGGCCGCAAGUCGCUGCACAACCCCUGCUCAGCGGCCUCGGAGAUCCCCUACCGCAAGAUCUCCCGCGAGGAGCUGCUGCUGUUCACCCAGACCGCAGAGCGCCCUGCAUCCACCACCUCCACCACCCACACCAGCAGCAGCAGCAGCAGUCUCAGGGACACGCCUCCUCCUCUGCCUCCCACCCCGGCCACCACACCUUCAGGCCCGCCCUCCACCUCACCUUCCCCGGCCUUGGAGCACCAUCAGUUUGCACAAAGAGGCUCGCCCGACCUCACCCGCAUCGUACCCGAGUCCCAGAGCGGACCUCUGGGGAACGUGACCUCUCCGACGGGCAAGGGCAUGUACAACGGCAUCCUGGAGAAGUCCUACAGCUUCGGCCAGCUGCCGGCAAGCAUGCUGCCUAAUGUGGGGCGCCAACCGUCUCUUACCUCCCUGGACUCGGAGGGCCGGAGUCUGGGAAGGGAUUACAAGCUCCAGAGCACGUCCUCCCAGGACUCCUGCGACAACGGAGAGAAAAUCAGGCGCACGUCCUCUAAAAUCAAAAACAUAUUUAAAAAGAAAAAAUAAAACUUGAGUGUGUCUGCGUGUGUGUGAGUGAGAGAGAAAAUCAAAUCUUAAAAAGUUGUUUUAGCCCUAAUAUUAAAACAAUGGACGUCACUGUAAGCUAAAACAUUUCAUUUUCUCUCUUAAGUUCUUCUUUUCGUCAUCAAUGAUGGAAUGUAGCUCAGCCUGGGUGCCUUUAAACGCCUCCCCAGGCUGAUAGCCUUAUUUUUCAACAAUGCUUUUUUAUUUAGUCACUCACAGGGAAACCUGCAAAAGGUCAAGUCAGCGAAAAGGUCAAAGGUCAUACUUGUUCACUGUCUUCUCUUAAUUUUAUCCCGAGUUUGAACCAAAAAGCCACUCAUGUCAAAGGAUGUAAAAGGUGCAGUCUGUGUAUGUUUAGUGUUUCACUGUCGACGUUGAGCACAGAGGGCGAGAGAAGGGAGGGGGGGGCUCGCUGUUCCUACCGGGACGCUCGCUUUCAGUGGCGACAGCGGCACACGAGCAAAGCCCGGAAAAAACAAAAGGUUGUGCAAACCAUAUUUCGUCCGAUUCCUUUCUCACGCGCCCCGACUUACUUCUUUCCGAUCAAAUGAUGAAAUUGCAUCUUGCAAAGUGUUCGAAUCCUAAACGUGUACUUGACUAAUUUCCUUUGAUGGGGGGAAAAAACAAAAAAAAUCCUGCUAAAAGUUUGUUGCACUACUGCUUUCCUGCUGUUCUGGGAAACAGCCGCUGCUCGCGGAGGACAUUUGGAAAUCAACACAGAGAUGAGAAGAAUGCACGGGCAGCUGCACUGAGGAUGCAAGCGCAUAAUGCCAGAGCCAAAAUUAUGUGAUCGGUCCCAGUGCCACUGUUUAUGCUCGUCUCCGUAUAUAAAUAUAUAUAUAUAUCCGUACUUUGUUUUCACUUUAUUAUGUUCUUACAAAUGUUUUUAAGUGGAUUAACGGUGGCGAUGAUUUGAUCUUAAUGAAUAUGCAGACUUAACUCACACCAGUCACUUUCCCUGUACUCUAGCCUCCCCGUUAUUACUUGAUUACCUGCUUCCUGUAGCCAUAAAUAAACGUUAAACGUACAUUUCUGUUUCCAAACUUCUAGAUUUUUGGUCAGAUUGACUUUAAACAUUCAUGCUGUAUUUAAAGAUGCACAAGACAGUCGCUAUCAGCGUUCACAGACACUACACAGCGAUGAUCAUCUGUUCAGGAGAACAAAAACAACGAUAAAAUAAGAGACUUUCUGAUCUGGAUCUGAUCAGUACACCAGUCCCCGCCUCUCUCUCCCCACUACCCCCAACCGCCACCACCACACACUAAGCUCGAAGGUGACCCACGCAAUACGGUCCCGCUCCUCACCUCUGGGCCCGCAACCGAGCGCACUGAUGUCAAAGAGCUCCUGCUUCACACUGUGAUUUCUGGCUUCUUCCCCUUCAUCCCGGACCUGGCUGUCACUGCUGCAACUCCACUCGACCGGGCGCGUGCCUGCAAACGCGAUGGGGUGGGUGUGGAGGAGGGCGAUGCCACGCACGAGGUUGCGUCUCGAGUGUCAGCACGGCACAGUGAAGCGAGUGUUUUUAAAUAAAUAUAUGUUUGGAAGCUUGUGGACGAGGCAGCACACGAUGAAGGAAGACAGGCCUGCGAGACGAGGAGGACACGAAUGUUUACGAGACAUUAGUUGUUUUUUUGUUUUUUUUGGAGAACAUUUUCUGUGUGAAUAUUUGUAUACGGUAGAAGAAUUAAUAAAUAAAUAAAAAAAUGGAGGCAUCGGA